AUGAUGAUCGACGGAAUAUUCAUAUAUCAGAGUAUUACCAAUUUGAACUAUAUGAUGCACAUACACAAUUGUUUGGUCAUCUGUUGUAUUGUAUUGAUUCUGAUUGAAAAUACAAAAUGCGACUCACUUAGAGAGCUCGUAGAGGAUGAUAAAGUGGGUGUUCUGGGCAAUUCAACAUUCAGACGAAUUGACUAUCCUAAUGGUGAUCAUUAUGAAGGUGAAUUUAAAGAUGGAGAAAAGAACGGCAAAGGUACCUUCACUUUUGCUGAUGGAACGAAAUACGUUGGUACAAUGAAGAAAGGGCUGUUCAAUGGAGAAGGUGUGAUAACGUGGAAAGAUGGUAGUCGAUAUGAGGGAAUAUUUGCAAAUGGUGAUAAAACUGAAGACGGUACUUAUACUUUUGCUGAUAAUACCAAAUAUGUUGGUCCGUACAAGAAUGGAAAGUUUCAUGGGCAAGGCGUGAUGAUAUGGGCAAAUGGUGGUCGAUACGAAGGGAACUUUGUGAGCGGUGCAAGAACUGGAAAUGGUACCUACUAUUUGGGGGACCAUGCGCAGUAUGUAGGCGAGUUCAAGAAUGGUCAAUUCCAUGGGAAAGGUGCGGAGACAUGGCCAAACGGUGACCGAUAUGAGGGAGUAUUUGUGAAUGGCAAAAAGACUACAAAUGGUGUCUAUUAUUUUGCUGAUGGAACGGAAUACGUUGGCACAUUCAACGGUGACCUGUUCAAUGGCGAAGGUGUGAUGACAUGGAAAAGUGGCGAUCGGUAUGAAGGUACUUUUCUCGAUGGGCAAAGAACCGGAAACGGUGUAUACUAUUUUGGGGAUCAUGCGCAGUACGCAGGUGAGUUCAAGAAUGGAGAUUUCCAUGGAAAGGGUGUACAGGUAUGGUCAAACGGUGAUCGAUAUGAAGGAGUAUUCAACAAUGGCAGAAAAACUAAAAACGGUGUCUUCUAUUUUGCUGAUGGUACAAAGUACGUUGGUACAUUCAAAGGUGACCUUUUUAAUGGACAAGGCAUGAUCACAUGGACAAAUGGCGAUCGAUAUGAAGGCAGCUUUCUCGAUGGUUCAAGAACUGGAAAUGGUGUUUAUCAUCGUCAUACAUUUGAUGUGUAUUACGGUUUCUUUCUUAAAGGCCGGUUUAACGGCCAAGGCAUGAAUGUAUACGCAGAUGGUAAGAUAUUUAUUGGCAACUGGGAAAACGGAAAGAAGAAUGGCUCCGGUAAAAUGAUAUUUGCUGAUGGUAAUACUCAAGAAGGCGUCUGGAUGAAUGACGAGUUGCUCAACUGA